AUGGACUCCCCGGGAUGUCUGCCCGGCGCUGGCCUGGCCGACUUGAUGCGGAUUUCACUGCUUCUCACCGAGAGGUAUGGCCACAUGGCUAACAGUCUUAACACGGCUCCCGUCACCUUGGCCGCUCUCGCCAAAGAAUGUCAAGCCACCACCGACGCCCUCCGUCGAUUCCAGUACCUCCGUCAAACGAUUCCAGAAACCCUCGUUUUCGAUCCCGUACUCCUAGACGACUCCUGCCAUGAAGCUUUGAAGUCAAUCUCGACCAAUUUAUCCUCACUUGACCAUUACAGUACACGGAUCCGUCCUUCGACUAGCGAUAGUGCCGUGGAUAUGUCCAUGGGUCAGCUCACCAUAAUUUGGAAUGAGGACAGCCUGAAGCAAACUCUACGGCAACUCAAAACUAGCCGCCAAUCCCUUGCCUUUCUUCUUAAUUGUGUACCAAGUGAACAUGUGACGUCCAAGAACCACUCUACCUUUAUGCACUCGUCCCGCCUGGUCUCUUGGGACUGCGCCAUUAGCCCAGCCGUCCUUAACAAGGGGAGCCGACUACGCCUUUCAACCAUCGGACCACGUCCUCGCCCGGAUGUCUCGUCAGUCUGCGACGUAUCUGGAGUUUACUCUGCUCUGAGUAGACUACGGCCGAAGCCCGGUACACUGUUCAAGCAGAACAUGCGGACGACCAAAGAGCUGCACGAUGCCAUCGACCGAGGGGACGAAGCUGCCGUGGUGAAGCUUCUCUUGCAGAGGAUCGAUCCAAACGCUCUCAAGCUAGGCUCAAAAACCCCGCCCUUACGCCGAGCUCUGAACCGCCAAAUCCCAUCCAUCGCCACAUUUCUCGCCAUCGCAGGAGCUGACUUGGAAGACAACAGCGGAAAUGGGGAGACAGCUCUCAUCACUGCUAUUAAGCAAGACUUUUCGGACAAAUACAUCUCCUUGCUAUGCGAUCUUGGCGCAUCCGUCAAUGCUGUUGAUGCCAUGGGGUGUUCGGCAGUACAUCACGCUGCCAUGUCACCGAAAGAAGACGACGAUACCCUGGCCGUGCUAAUACAAGCUGGGGCCGAUGUGGACCGCCGAGACAUCGGUGGGCGAACACCGCUGAUAGCUGCCGUGCAAAACUACCGAUUCAAAUCGAUAGAAAAACUGCUCGAGUACGGCGCAGACUUGGAAGCUCGUCUGCAGAACGGCCGUACUGCUCUCCACGUCGCCAUCUCGAUGAGAAGCAGCCCCCUGGUGGAAUUUCUUUCAGACCAGGGUGCGUAUCUCGAUCGGCGGGUGAACGAGCAUACCGCUUUGACCUUCGCCAUCGCCACUGCCUCGCCCGACAUUGCGGAAGUGUUGAUCGACGCGGGCGCCAAUGUUGACCACCCGAGCAUGAAAGGGAACUUUCCACUUUUUGCUGCUGCCGCUGCUGGAGACCUGCACACUAUGAAGCUCCUGUUGUCCCGAGGAGCCAAACUAGACGCUGUCGGCGGGGAAGGGUAUCUACCCAUUCACAUGGCCGCCCAUAAGAACAAAGUUGAGAUUUUGCAUCUGCUGUUCAAGUCCAACUCACCUAUUGAUCCCUUGACCGAGCAUGGCGAAACCCCCCUUACUAUUGCCAUGCACCUGGGCUGCUACGAGGCGGCGCAGUUCUUGAUUGAGGUCGGAGCAAACGUCGACCACGCCGCGCCCAAUUCAGAGAGAAUUGUUUGCCAGGCGUUAAAAGCCGGUAACACGCGUAUCGCAAUGGCUCUUGUCCGAGGCGGCGCAGAUCUGACCACGCCUUUGAGACGUGACGCGAGUAUGACCCCGGUGCACCAAGCAGCGCACUUGGGCCAGAAUGAUGUGCUUGCGACGAUGAUCACAGCUGGGGUUGAUCUCGACCAACGGACAUGGCCGGGCUACACUCCAUUGUUUUUCGCUGCUGCCGCUGGUCACAUUGCCACCGUCCGCCUUCUCCUUACCGGAGGGGCCAACCUCAGAGAGCGAUCACAAUCAUGUGGGAACCUUCUCUUCGUGAGUACGGCACAUCCCGCGAUGAUGAAAUUUUUGAUCGACCUGGGCUUGGAUUGUAAUGAGCGCGACCAUCACGGCGCCACACCGCUCCACUACGCCGCCGUAAGAGGCCAUAUAAUGACGGUGAAGCUGUUGUUGCAUCGACGAGCGCGGAUGGUGCAUGCUAGUGCUGUUUUUGAGACGUUGGAGGACUACAGAACGAACGCUGCAUAUCGCCAGGGAACGCCUGCAGGCCUGGCCAGACAAAAAGGCCAUACUAAGAUUGUUCGCCUACUUGAGGGCACCAAGUUUAAGUCAUAA